AUGGGUAAUAUCAAUAACGGCAUCGGGAGGCGGCGUGUGAAACGAAAUAACGUAGGCGAUGAAGUUAUUGCAGGCCGAUUAAAGCAAAGUGGCUUGGAUGUGGGACAGAAAAGUGACCCAGAAUUGAAGGAUAGUCCAACGAGCAAUGAGGAAGAUCAAAGUGCUUCAAAGGAUAGACAACCCCAGCCGGACAUGGAUAAUCUUAGGGUAUUAGCCAGACAGAGUUAUUUAAAUAAGCGAGAAGAGCUCAAGCUACAAGUUCUAAUUGAGGAAUUGGCUCACUUGGAAGGCGAUAUUAAAACUCACGGGUGGAACUCGUUGAGUAAAUCUGAACAAGACGAAGUUGAACUCAAACGAGAGUUGGUAGCCUUGGUUCAACAGCGGGAUAAAAACAAUGAUGAAGGUUUUCAGUUCCAAGACGAUUACAUCGAUCAGGAGGGACGAGAGGAUUCUAACCGCAAACGACAGCUUUUGCAGCGAAAGUAUGCUCCUCAGACUGAGAACAAAAGCCGACAGCAGCUCUGGGAAAAUCAACAGCUUAGAAAUGCUGUACAGAGUACAAAAGGGGAAGUUGGUGUGGAUGACAUUCAUGUAGAGGGCGGCCAGGACUACGAAUUUGUCUUUGAUGAUGAAGCGAUUAUUGAGUUUACGGGAGACUCAAAUGAGGAUGUGCUUCCUGAAUUGGAAUCGGAGUACGACCAAAAGUUGAUAAAUGAAUUGGACAGAGAGCAGGCCCGACUACAAACAAUUCAAGAAACUCGCCAAAGCUUACCUGUCUACCGAUUCCGGGACUCGCUUCUUAGCGCUAUCAAAGAAAAUCAGGUUAUGAUAAUAGUGGGUGAAACAGGUUCUGGUAAAACUACUCAAUUACCACAGUACCUGGUCGAGGACGGAUACACCAAAAAUGGUAAGUUUCAAAUUGCUUGCACUCAACCGCGUCGUGUUGCAGCAACAUCCGUAGCCACCAGAGUAGCAGAUGAGAUGAAUGUCGUUUUGGGAAAAGAGGUUGGGUAUUCUAUUCGGUUUGAUGAUAAGACUACCCCCGAGAAGACCAUUCUGAAAUACAUGACUGAUGGUAUGCUUUUACGGGAGUUCAUGGCAGAUCCGGAACUCAAGAAAUACGCCUGUAUUAUUAUAGAUGAAGCUCACGAGAGAACGCUGGCUACAGAUGUGCUACUAGGAUUGCUAAAAGACAUCCUACCGCACCGCAAGGAUUUGAAGCUUCUGAUUUCGUCGGCUACAAUGAACGCAGCAAAAUUUGCAGAUUUCUUUUAUGACGCUCCCAUUUUCAAUGUGCCAGGUAGAAGAUUCCCUGUUGAUAUCCAUUACACGCUUCAACCUGAGGCUAAUUACUUGAAUGCGGCCAUUACCACAAUUUUUCAAAUACAUACAACGCAGGCGCUUCCUGGGGACAUUUUGGUGUUCCUCACAGGUCAAGAAGAGAUCGAGGCUGCUCAACAGAGCUUAGAAGAGAUUGCACAUGUUCUGGGCUCCAAGAUCAAACCCAUGAUAAUUGCUCCUAUAUAUGCUAAUCUGCCUCAGGAACAGCAGUCUAAAAUCUUCGAUAAGACUCCGAAAGAUUGCCGAAAGGUCGUUCUGGCUACAAAUAUUGCAGAAACUUCUUUAACCAUUGAUGGAAUAAAAUAUGUUAUCGAUCCCGGGUUUGUAAAAGAGAACUCUUUCGUGGCAGCUACAGGAAUGUCGCAGCUAUUAACCGUGCCUUGUUCACGGGCAUCUGUUGAUCAGCGUGCUGGACGUGCAGGCCGUGUGGGGCCUGGGAAAUGUUUCCGCAUAUUUACCAAAUGGUCGUAUUUCAACGAACUAGAUCCUCUGCCGAAGCCAGAGAUACUGCGGACUAACUUAUCGCAAGUCGUGCUAUUACUUCUUUCACUAGGAGUCACGGACCUCAUCGAUUUUCCCUUAUUAGAUAAACCCAGCAUACCCGCGCUUAGCAAAGCUUUAGAGAAUCUAUACGUGUUAGGAGCACUGAAUAGCAAAGGCGCCAUCACAAGGCUUGGAAGAAUGAUGUGUGAAUUUCCUUGUGAGCCAGACUUUGGUAAAGUUAUGCAUACGGCAGCCACUCACGGCAGCUGCAAAGGAGUAUUGGAAGAGGUGAUCACAAUAAUCGCAAUGCUUCACGAAACGGCAUCCAUAUUCGCUCAAGGAAAAGCUGAUCGCGAAGGGAAUAAAAGUAGUGUUGUGGGCAAAGUAUCCAGUGAUCACAUCCUUUAUUUGGAGACAUUCAAUAGUUGGAAAGACAUGAAUUACUCCAGAUCGUGGUGUUUCGAUCACAAAGUUCAGUACAAAACUUUGGUGCGGGUUCGUAAUAUUCGAGAUCAAUUGUGGAAAUGUUGUGACAAACUGGGAUUGGUGGCACUCAAUGAACAAGCAGUUGAGCAAUUAAAUGGCGACGACAAUGCAGAACCUCGCAUUGUAAAAAGUUUCAUUUCUGGCUUUCCGUCAAACAUUGCAAAGCUAGGCGCUUCAGGAUAUCAUACAAUGGGUGCACAACAAGGUGGAGUUAACGUAAGUGUGCAUCCAACAAGCAUAGUUUUUCAGAGCUUGAGGAAGGAUAUGGUUAAACCCACGCGAUUUAUACUCUAUCAAAGGUUAGUUUUGACAUCUAAGGAGUUCAUGAGAGACUGUUUGCCAAUACCGCGCGAGGAGUGGCUACAUGAAAUGGUCCCCCAUUAUUUCAAAGCUAAAAGUUAA